AGCCGGACCGUCAUGUGACAGCCUCCCUCCCACCAUCUCUGGCUCCUUCGUGGCCUAACAGUGAGCAUGUUUUGGUGCGGUGGGCGGAGUCACACAGGAAACCCUCCAAUUAGACCACUGAUGUAUCAGAUGCCCGAAACGAGCUGCAGAGUGCACAUCACAGGGGCAACGUUUCGUCCUGGCCCCCACGGCCUCCCACCCGGAGCAGCGGUCCAGGGCCUCUGAGCCAUGAGCUAUUUCCUGGUGAUGAGCGAGCAGCACAGUGGCCGGGUUCUGAGCCAGUACCAGCAGCUGCGCUCACAGGAGCUCCUCUGCGACGUGCUGCUGGUGGCAGCGGAUGGCACACCUUUCCCAGCGCACCGCAGCCUGCUUGCCUGCUCCAGCGACUACUUCUGGUCCAUGUUCAAGGAGCACACACAGGAGUCGCAGGCGAGACGCGUCGUGCUGCCGGCGCUGUCCUCAAGGGGGCUGCAGAUCGUCUUGGAAUUCAUGUACACCUCCUGGCUCUCGCUAGCGCCCUCUACACUGGAGGACACACUGGAGGUUGCCAGCUACCUGCAGGUGACUCAUGCUGUGGAGCUCUGCAGCCAGUACAUGAGCGAUAGCCUCAGCCUAGACACCUGCUGCUUCUUCGCCAACAUGGCUGCCCGCUACGGGGUGCCCGGCGCCCUGACCGCAGCCAACAGUUUCAUCGGCACCCACAUGGGGGAGCUGCUGGGCCCAGUGGGAGACCGAGUGGGGCUGCUCGAGUUGAACCUGGACUCCCUGCAGGAGGCGCUGGCGGUGCCGGAGAUGCCUGGGGUGGACGAAUUGCCGCUGCUGCUCCUGGUGCUGGAUUGGCUGGACAGCAACCACGUGAGCGCCGUGAAGAGUGACCUGCUGCUGAGCCGGAUCCGCUUUGGCCUGGUCCCACCAGAGGUGCUGUCCUGGCUCUCCUCGGGCCGGGCCCCUCUGAGGAGCCCAUUUGUGCGCAGCCUGGUCCUCAAAGCCCUGCGGUACCAUGCCCAGGGACCCUGGCAGCCUCUGCUGCAGAGCCCCCAGACCAUGCUGCGUGCCUCCACCACCCAGGUGCUGCUGGUAGGGGGCAGCUCACAGGGAGGCCAGCCCGAGGGGCAAGUCCUGGCCUUCUUCCCCUGCCACCGGAAGCUGCAGCACCUCACUGACCUCCCCUGCACAGUCCGGCACCACUGUGCCUGCACCGUGGGCAACUUCCUGUUCGUCCUGGGGGGGGAGCUCAUGCGUGCUGAUGGGGUUGAUGAUUCAUUGGCCAGCAACCAGGUGUGGCGCUAUGACCCCCGUUUCCGGCGCUGGGAGAUGGUGCCCCCUAUGGGGGAGCGCAGGGCACAGUUCUCGUGCUGCGUAGUGAAUGGUGUGAUCUACGCAAUAGGGGGGCGGCGGGAGAAUGGGGUGCCUCUAGACUCGGUGGAGGCAUAUGACAUGCGUGUGGGCUGUUGGCGGCAGGUGGCAGUGCUGCCAUGUGGCAUGUAUGGUCAGGCCUGCGUUGCAUACCAGCACAAUAUCUACAUAUCUGGAGGGAUCCACAGUGAGAGGCACCAGAGCAGCAAAGACAUGCACCGUCUGGAUCUCUGUGGGCCACAGUGGAAAAAAUGCGCAGCCAUGUCGAUUGCCCGCUCCGGCCACCAGAUGGCAGCACUGGGUACCAAGCUCUAUGUCUUCCUGGGAAUGUACGAGCUAUUCAGCGACAUAGAAUGCUUUGACCCUGACCAUAACGAGUGGAGUCGCCUCCGGCCCAUGCCAAGCGACCGCUUCAGUUAUGGCCUGGCUCCGCUGGAGGGCGCCGCCCUACUGGUGGGAGGCCGGAAGUGGCGUGAUGGGCAGGAGGUGGCCACGGCAAACAUAAUUGAGUACAUCCCCGAGAGUGACAGCUGGAGGGAGGUGAGCAGGCUGCCGCGGCCCCUGAGUGGGACACAGUGCACACUCAUGCUGCUGCCCAACCCCCACCAUAUGUAGGCAUAAGCGACCACCUUCGUGACCAUGCUUCCGGCUACAUGGCAGAGCACAGCUUCAGAAAUGACUGUGAGGAAUUUGGUCAACUUUCUGAGGUCCAGGCACUGGAUUGCAGCAGUUCUUCACCGGAUUUACAGCCCUGGCAACUAUGCAGCAGGACUGAUGACAUCAAAGCUGGGAUUUUGUGGUGGCAGAAGAGGUCAGUGGUAAGAAGAGCUGAUUUAGCAGAGUGAUUCCUGGAAGUGAGAUGAUGGGCAGAGGACACAGCAGGCUGGGACAGGCGGAGCUGACUGUUUAAAUAGGUACAGACAGGAAGGGGAAGGACAGGCCCUGAAGUCCCCAUGGCAUGGAGCAGGCUGAGGUCACCCUGCGCCCCCAAGCGGGGCUCACAGACUUGUCCUGAAAGUGUUGUCAUGUUCCAGGAGGAGACAUGGAGGCAGCGGGUUUGGGGGGAGUGCAUGAGGAGACGGAGGGGCAGAAUCUGGCAUAAAUACAGCGCCACAGAGUGACCGGAAGUAGAAAAAAACAUCCUCUUAUAUAAUUAGUGAUGUAGCUAAAAUGUCCCUGGGGGGUCAUCUGGUGAUUUGUUACGCUGAUCAUCUGGAAACUUAAUACAGACCAAAUAGCACGUUAUGCCAUAAACAGAUGAAUAAAUGUAGUUUUAAAAUGUG